AGGAAGGCCAUGUUGGAUGAAAUGGCCACACAGCUGAACCAGCUGAAGUCCGACCACAAGGAGGCGCUGUCAGACCUGAAUCUGCAGCACGAGAAGGAGGUUCUGGGGGUCCGAGCUCGGUAUGAGAAGGAACUGCGAGGUCUCCAUGAAGACAAGAGUCGCUGUGAGGAGGAGCUCCGACUGCAGCUGCGAGAGGAGAAGGCUCGCUCCAAGGAGCUGGAGGGGUUCCAGCUGCAGGUGGAGGAGCUGCAGGCUCAGCUUCAGGCCAUGGAGGGAACCAAAGGAUGGUUCGAGAGACGCCUCCAAGAGUCCGAGGAGAACAUGGAGAACAACGCUGUGCAGCAUCAGGAGGACAUCAGGAACCUGCAGGAACACCACACCCUUCAGCUGCAG